GGGCCGUGCGUCGGGACCGCGCUCGCCGCAGACCCCCGGACCCCGGACCCCGGACCCGGACGCGCCAUGGCCCCGGAGCCGAGUUAAAGCUGCUGUCCCCGGGCCCGCACCGCCGCGCGCCGCCCCCGCACGCGCCCCGCACGCGUCCACGCACUUCGGGACACUUCCUUUAAACUCUUUUGUGUUUUGUUUUCAUGUUCUGAACUGAAGAUGCAGCCGCCGCCGAGAAAGGUGCGGGUGACUCAGGAGUUGAAGCACGUUCACGUGGAGCAGAUGAACCGUCUGCAGAUCAAACACCAGAGCGACUGUGACCUCCUGGACGACCUGAGGACGUUCAGUCAGAAGCGAGCGGCGCUCGAGCGCGACUACGCCCAGGCGCUGCACAAACUGGCCAAUCAGUACCUGAAGAGAGACUGGAGCGAGGACGCCACCCCAGAGCCUGCGGAGCGCGGGAGCAUGUUCUGUGUGUGGAGGUUGUACCUGGAGGGCUCCGUGCAGCUCGCUCAGGCCAGACUCAGCUCCUGCGACAAAUACAAACUCCAGGUGUCAGAGCCGGCGAAGAGCACCAGACUCAACAAGGACCAACAACUACGCAAGUGUGUGGAGCAGCUGAGCGUGAUCCAGGCCGAGCUGCAGGAGUCUGUGAAGGAGCUCACCAAAACCCGCAAGAGAUACCAGGAGGCCCAGAGCGUCGCCCAGAGCGUCGCCCAGAGCGCAAAGUCCAAACUCAGCCUGUUCCAGUCCAGGUCCAGUCUUCAGAGGGCGAGCGUCAAGUUGAAAGCCAAACGGAGCGAGUGCACGUCCAAAGCCACUCACGCUCGGAACGACUACCUUCUGACGCUCGCCGCCGCCAACGCGCACCAGCAGAGAUACUUCCACACGGACCUGAUGGACUGCAUCAAGGUGUUGGACGGAAAAGUCCACGAUCAUGUGAAGGAUUACCUGGUGUCUCUGUGUCAGACUGAACUGGAGACGUACGAAGUGGCUCACAGCUCCUUUACUCACCUGCUCAAGAGCUCCAGCGCGAUCGUGCAGUCGUUUCAUCAGGACGAGUUUGUGCAGAAAAAUCCAGUGUUUCAGAAAAGUUCAGAUUUCCUGUUUCAGCCCAACGAGUCUGACACGGUGAGGCAGGUGCAGAGGGACAGUGGAGCAGAGGAACACACUCUGGACAAAGAGGCUCGAAAAUGGUCGAGUCGAGUCGCCCGAGAAUACAAGAGCAUCAUACACACAAAGAAGACGCUGCAGGAGCUGGAGUUGGUCCUGGAGAGCAGCAGCAGCGAGCAGCAGCACCCGGAGCUCGACACCAAGAUGGAGGCGGCUCGACAGAGUCUGAGGAGAGCCGAGACGGUGAAGGUGAAGGCCGAGGCUCGUCUGGACCUGCUGCGGGAGUCGGGCGUCGCCGUGGAGACGUGGCUGAAAAGCGCCAUGAACCAGGUGAUGGAGGAGCUGGAGAACGAGCGCUGGAACAACCUGAGCGCCGCCGACCCCGCCCUGUCUGUCACGGCCGACCUGGAGCGGGAGGACGAGGAGGAGCUGGAGGACAGUGGAGAGGUUCUGGACGACAGCAGCUCCAGCCCGUCCAGCACUUUACGCAACUACCCCCUGACCUGCAAAGUCCUCUACUCCUACAAGGCUUGUCAGCCAGAUGAAUUGACCAUCGAGGAGCAGGAGGUCCUGGAGGUGAUCGAUGACGGGGACAUGGAGGACUGGGUCAAGGCCCGUAAGCGCGGUGGGCAGGUGGGCUACGUCCCGGAGAAAUACCUGCAGCUGCCGUCGUCCAACAGCCUCCUGACGAUGCUGCAGACGCUCGCCGCCCUGGACGCCCGAUCACACUCGUCCAACAACUCCAACGAACCCGAGACCGACCCGCACGACCGGCACGACCAGACUGACCAGCACGACCAGACUGACCAGCACGACCCGCACGACCAGCACGCCGACGCCAACGGAGACGCCAGCGUGUCGUUCGCCAAGGCGCUGUACGAUUACUCGGGACAGACCGCAGACGAGUUGUCGUUCCCCGAAGGCGCCAUCAUCCGGAUCCUGAGCCGCGACACACACGAGGACGACGGCUUCUGGGAGGGAGAACUCAACGGCGUCGUGGGCGUGUUCCCCGCCGUGCUGGUCGAGGACCUGACCUCCAACGCCAACGCCAACGCCAACCGCCAACGCCGAGAACACAGACGGGCAGAAGGACGCCAGCGCUCAGGUCUGUCUGUCUCCCCCUCGUCGUCUCUGUGUGCGUCUGACUCGUCUCUUUGCCCUUUGGCCCCGGGACUCGUCCAGACGCUGACCGUGUCCUCGCCCACCGGCCGCCCCCCGUCCUACCACAACGGACACCACCACCACCGCCGAGCCUCGCCCGCGCACACGCCCGCGCCCGCGCACACGCCCGCCAGGAGCCCCUAUCACAGUCCGGUCCAGGGGUCAGUGCAGCCGCCCAAGUAUCCAGACUCUGGCUCCAUCCGACCUGUGCGCGCGGCCCCGCCCCCUCCGAAGCAGCACCCCCGCGGGCAGGUCAAGAGGAGGGAGGAGGUGGAGAUCACUCUGGUGUGA